CGGCGACGCGCAGUCGCCAGGUGAGCUAAGGACGUUGCGCGCGCGCGCGACGGGGGUCGACCAGUCCAUCGUUCACACGGAACGAACGUCGUCCUCGUGUUCGCCGGGUUAGACGACUUUGUGUCUUGUAAAAAGUUUUUUCGAGGAAAUUGGUUUUUUUUUUUUUUUUUUUAUAUAUUAAAAAGAAAAAAAGUGUCGAAUGUUUACUCGAUGAGGAAAAAGUAAUAAUUUUCCCUGUCUCUCUUUUUCUCUAUUGAAUACCAAGUCACUUGCAAAGGUGUGUCAUAACCUCAAAGGAAAAGGUAUCCAGGUAACGCGACGUUAGCGGUGUCCGACGCAACAGGCGAUAUGUUGUAUUUCUCGACUAUUAUCAUUUGAAAAAAAAAAAAAUUUAUGAGUGCGCUCUUUUUUCGCGUGUGUACUGAAGAAUAUAGAAAACAAAAAAAUAUAGUGCCUUUUUGGAAUUCGUUGGAAGAAAAUUUUUGGUGAAAAUUAUUAAGGAACUUGGUUUAAAUUAAAUAUAAAAGGGGGUGGGGGGUUUUUUUGUAAACCGCCCGGAUAUGCAGAUGACGGCAGGGAUGGGGCCGACACACCUGGUCGCCCUUUACGUGACGACUGCCGGCCUUCAGGGUACAGCGCUCGGUUCAGAUGAAGAAGAAAUCACCCUUUUGGUGUACGUCCUCAUCGACGCUCUUCAAAAUAAGGUGAUGGAUAGACAACAAUACAUUGUGCGACCUAUGGUAAUGGACGAAACAACGACAAAUGGUUCGGGAAGUGAAAAUCCGGUUGUUGCCGGAAGUAGUGGUGUUGUUAGUGAAGCUGCAUUGGCACAUGCUCCAACACUUACGGAACAGACACUUCGAGAGCGCGGAAUUCCUUUACAUCAAGCCAUUCAACAGUUUGAAACGUGGUGGUCAUCGUUGACAUGUGUGGCUGCCGGAAGUACGCCUCGUUUCAUUGUCGAUGGACAAGCACCCUUAAGACAAUGUUUGCACCCUGAAGCCUGUAAUAAAGAAAUCGAGCUGCCAAGUCAUUAUUCCCACUUUCAUGACCUCAGAAAAGAAUUCACAGCCUGUUAUUCCUCGCAGGAUGAACUUUCACCCCUCAGCAUUCAGGACAUGAUUCAAUACUUUGGUUUUCCAAAUGAUGGUGAAAAUGAUUAUCACGUCGAGGAAAUCCAAGACAUGGUUACUAUCAUCCAAAGGAUGAUAAAAGAUGGUCAUGUUUUUCAAAAUCCGGAGGUGGUUAAUCUAGUUUUGGAACCUGGAAUAUGCUCAAAAGACGAAGAGGUAGACAGCAAUUGCGUUGUUAGAGCGCGUGGACUUCCUUGGCAAUUGUCUGAUCAGGACAUUGCAAAAUUCUUCAGAGGACUGAAUAUUGUCAAGGGUGGUGUUGCCUUGUGUUUAAGUGCACAGGGAAGGAGAAACGGAGAAGCUUUAGUACGAUUUAUAAGUAAAGAACAUAGAGACAUGGCGCUAAAAAGGCAUAAGCAUCAUAUUGGACCGCGUUAUAUUGAAGUUUAUAAAGCGUCUGGAGAUGAUUUUGUUGGAGUUGCCGGUGGAACGAGUGGAGAGGCUCAUGCUUUUCUUUCACGAGGAGCUCAAGUCAUCGUCAGAAUGAGAGGUCUUCCCUAUGACUGUAUAGCAAAACAAGUGUUGGACUUUUUUGCGUCCGGACAAAAGCCGUGCCAAGUGUUGGAUGGCGAGGAAGGUGUUUUAUUCGUGAAGAAGGCAGAUGGACGAGCGACUGGCGAUGCGUUUGUUCUCUUUGCAAAAGAAGAAGACGCGGCAAAGGCCCUUGGAAAACACAGAGAUUGUAUCGGAAGUCGAUACAUUGAAUUAUUUAGAAGUACAACUGCCGAAGUGCAACAGGUGUUAAAUCGAGUUAGUGACAUCAAGGCGUAUGACAGAAUGAUGCCACCUGUACUGCCAUUGCCAAAGUUCAAUCCACUUCUUCCGCAGCACAUUAUUACCUCAGGAACACGUAAAGAUUGUGUUCGUCUACGUGGUCUUCCCUACGAAGCCCUAGUUGAGCACAUUCUCGAGUUUAUGGGCGAACACUCGAAAAAUAUCGUCUAUCAAGGAGUUCACAUGGUUUAUAAUGCACAGGGUCAACCAUCGGGCGAGGCGUUCAUUCAAAUGAACAGCGAGAGUUCAGCCUAUUUGUGCGCAACACAACGUCAUCAUCGUUACAUGAUUUUCGGCAAGAAGCAGCGUUACAUCGAGGUGUUCCAAUGCAGUGGCGAAGACAUGAAUCUGGUAUUAACCGGCUGCUCGCCACAGACAAAAGCUCUUCUCUCACCUGGUACGUUACCAACGCAAUCACCCGCGACUCUAACACAUCAUCAACCGCCCGCCGCCGCUGCCCCAGUCCCAAUUCCAACGCCGCAACCACCCCUUUGGGAUAUUCAUGCACUUGUGCAAGCGCAAGCACAGGCACAAGCCCAAGCACAAGCGCAAGCACAAGCACUCAGGAAUCAAGAUUUUUGGCUAAUGGCACUUGCCUCAAAUCCACCGCCCACUUCCAAUUCGCCCACAUCGCCGCCUACCUCCAACGCGACUAGUAAAGCCCUCGCUCUACCAGCGCCGGCGCAACAUCAAAUUCCAUCCUAUGCCAUGUCACCGCAGCAUGCAGCAGCCGCUUUUCACGCGGCACAACAACCGCAGGCGCCAUUUUUACUCUUUAAUGUACCAUCGCGAUAUCCUAUUCUUCGCGCUCAACAACCACACGGUAUUAUGCCGUCAAUUAUUCAAACUCCCUUAAAUCCAACCGCUUUAAUGGGAUUGAAGAGAAGUUGGGAAUCAGCAUUUCCAACUGAUCCCACAACUGCUGCGGCGAAUGCUUCAAAACGUGGCCAAUGGCAAACGCCAGCCACUGCCGCCGCCGCCGCUGCUGCAGCUGCGGCUGCUGCUGCCGCAUUUCCCACUCCGGCCACCGCUCACGGUCUCUAUCCUGCUCAAUUUUAUCCGCAAAUUUAGGGAAACAGCAAUGUUCCGUGAAAAAAUUCCAUAAUCGUUUCUUUUGACUAAAAAUUGAAAUUUUUUUAAAUAUUUCUCUAAGAUAACAGAAAUUUUCGAGAUGCAUGAAUAAGUUCUAAUUUGAUAGAUUUUAUUUAAUAGAAUCUUAUUUAUUCGAAUAUUAAUGUUUUAGAAAAUGACAAAUGGUCAAAAAUCAAUUUGACAGAAUUUUUAUUUAGACGAAAAUUAAUUUGUCAGAAAUUCAAUUUCAUCGAAUCUCAAUUUGAUCGAAACUUUGUCUUUUAGAACAUUAAUUUUGCAGAAUUGUAAUUUAAAAAAAUUUUUAUUUUGCAGAAAGAGAAUAAAUAAUUCGGCGGAAACUUUAAAUUUGACGAAUCACAAUUUUUUUUUAAUAAUUUCUGAUUGGUCAAGUUUAAAGUUUCCGCCUUAUUAUUUAUCUAAUUAAUUAUUAAAUUAAAUUUCUGUCAAAUUGAUUUUUGAUCAUUUACAUUUUCUAAAAUAUUAAUAUUCGAAGAAAUAAAUAUUCUGCAAAAUUAACAUUCUAAAGAAUAAGAUUCUAUCUAUCUUUUUAAAACUAAUUUUUACUCAACAAAAUUUUUAUGUUUCGAAUUUUUUAUUGUACAGAAUUCCUAAUUCGAAAAAAUUAGCUUUCGUGCUUAUUCAUAUGUCUCGAAUUUUUAAAUGCCAAAAUUUACAAUUCAUCGAAUCUUCAUUUGAAUGAAUUUUUAUUUACACGUUCUAAUUCAUUGAAACAAAAUUCAUUAAAUAAAAAUUCAAUUAUGCGAAAUAUUUUGUCAGAAAAAAAUUCUUAUUUCCUUUAAAAAAAAAAAAAAUGUUAGUUUUUUAAUUUCGAUAAAUAAAUAUAAUAUUUGUAAAAUAUUAAUCAGUAAAAUAAUCAAUUUUCAUAUUAAAAAAUAGUUUCUAGUUUCUAUUUCAAUGAAUUUCUAUUGUUAUUUAAUAGAAACAUUAUCGAAUUUUCAUUUCUGAACAUUGUAAGUUGUAGUUUCGUUUUUUUUUUUUUAAAUUGCCGAUAUUUUUGUCAAACAAUUGAAAUUCGGUUUUCCUAGCUGAGAAUUUCAAUUUUCUUCCCAAUUAAUGACAAUCUAGAUAAGAUAAUUAUUAAGUGCCUUAUUAACUUUGCAAGUGACAAUUUUCUAUUAAAAAAUUUAAAAAAUGAAAUUUUUACUUGAAAAUGUUAUUUAAUAUUCAAUUUUGAAAAUAGUAAUUUUAUAAAAAACAAAUUGCAAUUACUAUUUUUUUAAAGUCAAACGAAUUCUUCCAUACAAAAAAAAAUUGUUGAGAAAUUGUAAUAUACGUAAAUUUUUGAUAUUUUUUUCUUUAUAAAAGUUUACAUAGUGUUUUUUUUUUUUUGUAAUUAAUGAAGCAAUUGCCUUAAAAAUUUGCUUCAUAUAUAUAUUUAUAUAGAUAGAUAUAUUGUGAAUUCUAAUAUUAAAUUUCUAAUACUUUUUUAAUGGUGAUAAAGUGUACUUAGAAAUAAUCGUUGCAUUUACAUUAAAACACACAAGAGAACGGUACUAUUUUUUUUAUAUAUAUAUUAUUAUUAUUAAUUAUAAAAUAUAUAUAGUAUAUUUUAGAAAGAUAAAUCUUAAAAAUAUAAGAAAUUAUUCUGUAAUAUAUAUAUAGUUUAUUUACAUAAUUUUUUUUUUCUUUUUAAUUAAGUAUAUAUUAUAUAUUUAGUUUCAAAAAGAAAUCAACUGGUUGUUACUGUAAACUUUUUACAUUCCGUGAAAUUGUGUGCGUGUUUUUUUUCAUAUAGAAAAACGUUAUAUUUUUUAUAAUGUAGAAAAUUAUAUUUUGAAAAUUUUAAGGCUUAUUACCUUUUUUUCGUUAAUUUGGAGGUAGGCAUUUUUUUUUUCUCGUAUUUGAAAAUACAUUCCUCGAUUCCGCCCCGCCCCUAAAUACCCUGAAAAUAAAAAUGGGCGACACAAAAAAAAGAGUACAAAAGAGCCAAAGUUUGUACUUAAUUAAUUUUUGAUUGAUAAUUUUGUUCUAGAUUUAUUGUUAAUAUAUAAUUGGGAGCACUAUUUUUUUAUUUUUUUUUUUUAUAUACUUAUUUUGACUGUUUUAUUAACUCUUCUAAUUUUGAAUCAUAAAAAUUGUGCUAAAUGCUCCAUUUAUAGUUAAUUUAGAGAAAAUACUCUUUUGCAAAAUAUAUAUAUUUUUUUAUUUUCAUUAAUUUGAAAAUAUAAAUUCUUUGCCAAAGAGUGAGCAGCUUUUAGAAUUUAGUUUACUUUCGGUGUCUCACGUUCUACGCAGUGCUUAUCACACAUUACUCGGGAAUUAAAAAAAAAAAAAGUCUCAAAUUCAGGAAAUUUUAGAUAUUUUAAAAUUUUUUCAAUUAAUGUUUUUGAAAUUUGAUUUUUUUUUUAAAAUUAUUUGCAAUUAAAAAGAAUUAAAAAUAAUUAAUUUCUAGAAUGGAAACUGGAAAUAAUAAAAUCAAAAUAAUGAAAAAUUUGAAAAGAAGAAACAAAAGAAAAUUUCAAGCACAUUGUUGAAUAGAGACGCUAAUUAUCUGAGUUUUUUUUUUUUCGUUGCAAUGAUUCAUGAAUUUUUCUUCUUAAUUGAAAAUAAUUCUUGCCACGAUUAUAGAAAUUUUAAAAUUGAAAAUAAUGAUUCGUUGCAUCGGGAAAAAAAUCGUUUUUUUUUUUUUUUAGUAAUUUGGUUGAACGCAUGUAGUGGGAUGUGGAGGGACAUGCAUCUAGGGAUAAAAAGUAUCUCGAAGAUGUAUAUAUAUCAUGUGUUUUUUAUAAUUUAUAAUGGUUGACGACUUGCACACAUUCUUGUUGCGCAGUAGGUUUUAUUUUAUUAACUUGGAUCGACUAUUGAUAAAUAAUUUCCAAAAUCUAAUUUUCAAGAAUUUUUUCAAAUAACAAAAAGUCGAUCCGCAAAAAGUUUUUUUUCUCGGAGAAUUUCGAAGAAAAAAAAAAAAAAUUUCUUUUCAUUUUGUUGAUAUCGUAUUAAUAUACGAAAAGACAAAAAAAAAGAAAGAAAAAAAUGUGCACCAAAUGCAUCAUUCCGUUGGCUUUCGCUGGAUUCAUACGACGAAUAUUAUAUAAUAAAUAUGGGCAAAGAUUAUUUUAUUUUAAAAAUAUUCUAAUAUUAUGAAAUAAUUCUAUUUUUAUUACUUUCUGUACUAACUGAACAUAAAAGCUGCAUUUAUAACGUGACCUUGUGUCAAAUGUGUUGUCUGGUUUGUGGAUGGCUAACAAAUUUGGUGAUUGACGGCGUCGCUUAUUUUCCGUCUAUAUAUAUAUAUGUGAUAAAAAUCUCUUAAAAAAUGCGCGACGAUUUUUUAGGGCUACUUGUAAAACAAUUUCGUCGGAUGAGUGUUCCCUCCUUUUGGAAAUAAAUUCGCAGCACGCUUUGUAUUCUUCUUUUUUUUUUUUUUUUGUUUCUUUGGUUCUUCGACAGUUUUGCAGCUUUUUCUCUAUUUUAUAGUUUUUAGGCUCUUCUAUGACUAAUUUAGAAAAAGCUGGGAAACGAAAAUUCUCUCUAUCGAGCAAAAGUUCCAAAAGAAAAAAAAAAAUUGGAAUUUUUUUUCAGAUAGAAAGAGAUAUUUUAGAGCUUCUGCCUUUGCCCUAUAGCGAAAGCUAACUAAUGGUCAUGCACUUCGUAGCGUAAAUUGGAUUGGGAAUUCUCGAUGUUUCCGUUUAAUCUCGUUUUUUUUUGGAGGAAAUUAUUAUAAUUUUUAUUUACACGUAAAUAAUUGGGAGCUAUAAGAAAAUACACAUCCACACGAAAGUACGAGCACAUCUACACGCACAACAAUUUUUUUUAUUUGUAUACUCUGUAAUAUCGAUGAUUAUAUUAUUAAAAAAAAAAUACCAGUAAUCAAUAAUCAUGUUUAAUAAAUGUAA